UCUAUGCAUUUUACUGAUUUAGGUUAUGUUUGUGAAAAAGUAGAAAAUUUUUUUCUAUUUACUAAAGCUUAGUUUUACGUGCUAUGGUUCUCUGUAUAUUUUAAGUGCAAAUGAUAUAAAACGGAAUCUUUGGUCACUAUAAUUUUGCCGCUAAAACGAUUUUCAAAAUGCACUGUAGCAAAAUUGAAUCUGGGGUACAGCUUUUUUCAAGAGUAAAUCGAAAAUCAUUUUUAGAAGACAUCAAUUCAGAUCUUUUUCCAGAAGGAGGCCCGUGUCCUAAUCAGGUUAUUGAAAUUACCGGAGAUCCCAAAAUUGAUAAAAAUGAUUUGCUGAUUGAUUUCAUAGUAAAAUGCAUAUUACCAAAGAAGUACAACAAAGAAUGGAAGGAUUCAGCUGCUGUUUUAAUCAUUACUGAAUUUCAAAUAAGCAUAUUAAAAAUUAUAAAAGUAAUCGAAACCCUCCUUAAUAAAUACAAUGUAACCGAUUCCAAAAAAGUUGUUAUACAGAACGCAUUAAAAAAUUUAAUAAUCUUUAACUGCUACAGUUUGGAAGAACUGGAGGUAACUUUUUACUAUGUAGAAAAAAUUAUACAGUGUAAUGAAAAUGUUAACCUUGUAGUCAUUGAUAAUAUAGCAGCCCAUUUUUGGAUAUCUUCCUACAAUUUGUCUGAUACACCAACCUACUAUCACCAUUCAUUAAAAAUGUUUGAAAUAUUAUACAAUGUGAUUAAAAGCCUUCAAGUGUUACUAAUUUUUGUAAGACAUGAGAGGACAACAAAUAGAAAAAAGUUUAAUCAUAGAGUUGAUUUUAGAAUUGAAAUAGAAAGAGAGAACCAAAGUUAUAAAGCUGUCGUAACAAAUUAUGAUAAACAUACUGUUAUACAAGUCCCAUUCCAUUUAAAAACGAUCUUAGAAUUUUCACCCGCAAUCAACAAAUCGAGCAGCUAAAAUCAUCUAAAAAUGAG